CUGUCCCACCGACACCGACAGCGCGGGCUACACCGCUCCUCAGCUACCGGGUCCGGGUCCUGGUCCGGGUCCCAGGCUUCCCCCAGCCACUCCCCGCGUCCCCGGCAAAGCGAGACGCACCACCGGCGGGAGGUGCCGGUGCCCGAUCAGCCGUCACUCGGCUGCCCUGAGCAGGUUUCCGCUGGCACGGCUCGCAGGGUUACGGGGCCCGGGGAGCCUCUUCCCGCAGCCGUCCCGCCCCGGGGAGGGGGCAGUGGCCUCCUCCGGCCACACCUGUGGCGCAGCAGCGAGCGGCCAAGGAAGCGCAGGGAGCCCGCCCGGCGGCACCACUACCAUGGCGGUGGGUGCGCGGCUGGGCGCUAAAGCGAGGGGCAGGUAUUGCCGCCGUGGGGCCGGCGACGACCAAGUCUCCAUCCUGCCCGGCGACGAGGAGGAGGAGGAGGCUGAGGCGGGGGCGGGGAGGGUUGGGGGCUGCGUGAGGGCCCCGCGGCCGGCGGAGCAGCGGGAGGAGCGCUCUGCCGGCAGAAAGGUGCGGUUCGCCCUCCUGCCCGACUCCUACGAGCCGCUGAGCACACCGCGGCCCGGCGGCAAGCGGCCUUACGGCAAGCGGCUGAAGAAGUACGGCAAGAACUUUGGGAAGGCUCUGCAGAAGGGGUGCCGCUACUUGGUGGUUGGCCUGCAAGGACUGGCAACAGCCUAUUCCACCCCCUUUGGGGUGGCAGCUCAGGUGGCAUCCUUCGUCCGCUAGCACAGCUUCAUGUGCCCCACAGGAGAGGACACAAGGACAUUGUUUUCUCAGGAUUAAAUCUGAGACCUGUACCUGAGAUACUUCCAGGACAACCAGUCCCAGCUGUGACCCCUUCAGGCAGCCGUGACUCCCCCAGACUGAGUGCUUUUGUCUGCAAAAACUUCCAGCGUUUUAUAAAAUCAGAAAUGGGCUGAAGAAAUGCAAGGACGAGGAAAUAAUCUUUGACUUAAGGAGCUGAAGUUUGUUCUCAAACAUGAGUUAGUUUUCUAAAGCUUUGGGCUGUGUGUGGAAGGAAGCCAAGGACAGAUGGAGAAGCAAGUAGCCGAGGGAGAAAGGAAAGGAAGUAGAGAAUGGGUUGACAGCUGGGGAGUUGGAGAUCAGAGUCUGGCAAGUGAGAGGAAUUGCCAAAGCAGUGGAGGAAACCGAUAACAAGGGAUCAGGAAAAGGUAGUCUUUGGUUUUUCUGAUGUCUUUUCCCCCGAGAGGGUUAAGAUUAUGAGUAUACUUAAAAUAGAUAUAAAGGGACUAUGGUCUGAGACAUGGUGAGAUUUCUGCGUCGUUGUUGUUUCAAACACUGGAAAUUACAGGCCUCUAAAUCUUAAGAUUAAUGUAAAAAUCCAGGAACAAAAUGAGGUGCAUUUGUCUUCUGAUUUUGGAGUAUUAAAGGUUCACUGUGAUUAGUACUGUAAA